CAGGUGCGUCACCGAGCGUCAGAUCAGAUCAUGGCUUUGAAAAUGAACAAACUGAGCAGUAACAGAGCCAACAUGCUCCGAGAGGUCCAACUGAUGAACCGCCUCUCCCACCCCUGCAUCCUCAGGUUCAUGGGCGUGUGCGUUCAUGAGGGGCAGCUGCACGCCCUGACAGAGUACAUAAAUGGUGGUAACCUGGAGCAGCUCUUAGACAGUAACAAACAGCUGAGUUGGCCAAUGAGAGUGAAGCUGGCCCUGGACAUCGCAUCAGGACUCGCCUAUCUCCAUUCUAAAGGAGUCUUCCACCGAGACCUCACCUCCAAGAACUGCCUGAUCAAAUGUGAGGAGAACGGUUACUCUGCAGUAGUGGGGGACUUUGGUUUGGCCGAGAAGAUCCCGACCAACACGGCGGAGGCGGAGAAGCUGACUGUGGUGGGCUCUCCGUUCUGGAUGGCUCCUGAAGUUCUGAGAGGAGAACGCUACAACGAGAAGGCGGAUGUGUUCUCUUACGGUAUAGUCCUGUGUGAAAUCAUCGCGAGAGUCCAGGCUGAUCCAGACUUUCUUCCACGGACGGAGAACUUUGGGCUGGACUAUCACACAUUUCAGCACAUGGUCGGAGACUGUCCCCACGACUUCCUGCAGCUCGCCUUCAACUGCUGCAAUAUGGACCCAAAGUUGCGUCCGUUGUUUCCGGACAUCGUGAGGACUCUGGAGGAGAUCCAGGCUCGGCUGAAGCUGAUGGAGAUGGAGCAGGACUCUGUCGCCGACGGCAACGACAAGAAGGCACUCAAUAAAGGUGAAAAGGUGCAGGGCUUCAAGCGUCUGAAUCCUCUCGGUUUCCCCGACGGAAAGAUCCCGCCCAAAUCACCCCGGCCCCGACGCAACAUUUGGCUCAGCCGCAGCCAAUCGGACGUCUUCUCAUGUAAACCAGGAAGAAAGGUCAACGUGCAGGACCCGUACUACAACCCCCCGCUGAACCAGAGGAGCUCCAAGUCUCACAAAAUCAACCCUUUCACGGCUCGCGAGGACCUCUGCGGAAAGAUCAAGUUCUUUGAUGUUCCGACUAAAUCUGUGUUCUCUUUAGUGUUCGAUCUCCACUCUCCUCCAGGAAGUGUGUUCUGUAAACUGCAGGCUAAUGCUAACGCUAACGGCCCGGUGACAGAGGGGUCGUACUCAUGGCAACAGUUACCGGGACGACAGUGUCACUCAGUGCCGGUGUCUCCACGGUUACCACGCUCCUUUCAUCAAUCGGCCGCCGUCGCCGCUAACAACAACUGUGGCUCUGUGACGUAUGACACGAACCAGCCCCCGGCCAGCGCAGCGGUGAACUCCAGAUCAGACGCCGUUCCAGCAGUGAACGACCCCAGGCAGAGAGCGCCAGUGAGCGGAUGGGCCAAGAAGUACGUGGUGGUGGAGAUCCCCCCUUUCUGCAGGCAGAGAGGGGCAGAUGGAGUAGAGGACAGUGAGGGGGAGGAGGAGGGCAGCUUUGGGGGUGAUUGGUCUCCUAUGAACCCCUCUGAGAGAGACAGCACAGAGGCUAUGGACUGUUGCAGCCUGGAGGACACUGAGCCACAAGCUUAAACUGACUGGCUGUGGUUUAAAUGGUGUCUGCUACUGGAGAAGUUUGGGGUCAUUUAUUACAGUUUAAAGAGAAGAUGUGAGUGGAGUUUGGAGGAGCAGACAGAAGCAAAGAAACGGAAGAGUUAAAUAUGUCUACAGUGGAUUUGUCCUUGCGUACUAGUGAGCCAAGGGUCAGUUCUGUGUAAGUUCUACAGUAGGGUUAAGGUUUAGGUUCACUUUAUUGCUCCAUUAGGGAAAUCUGACCUCUGCAUUUGACCCGUACUUCAGUGUCUCUGGGUCAGAUCUCCAGAUCUUGAGUCUUGGUCAGGUCUACCACAGCUGGAGGAUUUGACCUGUUGCACAUGUUUUUGGUAAAUGGGUGGGUCAAUAUUUUUGGAGUAUCCAGAUAAGGAUAUUCAGACAGUUUUAUGUCAAUCAGAAAUGUGUGAAGGCUGAUGCAGACCAGAGCAUGGUGUACUCAGGCAUGUCAAACACACACAUCAACACACACUGACCCAGGCCAUAACUCUUGUUUUAAACAGGAGUUUUAUCUCCAGAUCACUUAAAAAUGAAAGACAGAGCAGAGGAAAGGCUGUGAUUUGAGGAGGUUUUUAGUGAGUCUACGAGAGUUUCCUGCACACAGAGAAGCAGGAGAGGAAAGGUUGAGCACCGGCGCUUCCUCUGCUUCUGCUGCAGCUCUGAGCCUCUAGUGCCUCUAGUGUAGAGUGUGUGUGUGUCACAGAGCAGAGAGCUGUAUGUGCUCACUGCACAAGUGCUCCCAAUGUGUGCACGCUCAUAUUCACUACGUGUGUGUGCUGACCUUUAAGCUGUUCAAGAGGACAGAUUUGUUUUGUUGUUUUGAGAUCAGGCCCUUCUUCAGACUUACAAGUGAAUAUCUCUACAUUGCUCUUGUCUGCUGCUCCACACUCCACCUGUGCACACGUGUCUCCAGGAUCUUUUAUUAAAUCUAAACAGAACAAAAGUGAGACCUGAAACAUUUCAACAUUAAAGGCGUUUUCACACUGAUUUAUUUUUCACAUAAAUAACAAGAACGUACCUGAGACUUAAAUGAAAUCCACCGGAAUUCCAAUGAACAUUUCAGGUGAGAAGAACAAGCACAAAGAAACUUCACCGGAAUCCAAAUGGGAAAUUAUUUUUGGAAAACUGUUUAUAUUUAAAUUGUGAUGUAGAUGAUUCUUUCCUUUAUAAAAUAGAUGUGUUUUGUUGAUGUUUUUUGAUACUCUCCUUGUGUUUAUGGUGCGUAUGAACAGAGCUCAACAGUCAAAGGGCACUUCCCGGUAUAGCAACUUAAAGGGCCUAUAUUAAGUUUUUUCUGAUCUAAGUUUUAAAGUUCUUUUCUCAUCAAAAACACAAAACACUCACUGUUCCACCUCGUGAUGUCUUGUUGUAAUACUGGACGUGCAUACACCUUCGCUAGAAUCAUUUGGAUGAUUUCAGGCCUGGAAUUGCCCAUCUCUACUGAACUGAAGGUAAAAGGAGCUGUUCACUUGAAAACUACCACUAAAUGACAUCACAAGGUGGGACAGAGACUACUAAUAAAGGAUGUUUUUGAGGAGGUAACUACAUUAUAACCUGAUUUAAAGCUCACAAGAGUCCAUUUUGUGUAAUAUCAGACCUCCCAUUCAUUCUUCCCAUACAUUUUUCAAAAUAGUCAAGUUUAAUUAAUGCCGUACCAUGUAACUUUUCAUAUAGUUUUAUGGUUAUCAUUAGUUUACCCAAACCUUCUACAUUCACACUUUUGGUCCUGGUUUGGUCCUCAUCUAGUCCUGGUUUAGUCCAAGUCGAGUCUUGGUUUAAUUUGAAUCUAGUCCUGGUUUAGUCCAAGUCGAGUCCUGGUUUAGUCUAAAUCUAGUCCAGUUUAGUCCAAGUCUAGUCCUGGUUUAACUUGAAUGUAGUCCUGGUUUAGUCCAAGACCUGGCUUAGUCCAAAUCUAGACCCAGUUUAGUCCAAGUCUAUUCCUGGUUUAGUCCAAGUCUAUUCCUGGUUUAGUCCAAGUCUAGUCCCGGUUUCAUCCAAGUCAAGUCCUUUUGAGUUCCAGGUUUAGUUCAAGUUUAGUCCAAGUCUAGUCCUGGUUUAGUCUGUCUCUAGUCCUGGGUUUAGUUCAAGUCUUGUCUUGGUUUAGUCCAAAUCUAGUCCUGGUUUAGUCCAGGUCUAGUCCUUGUUGAGGUCCUGGUCAGAGUGUGAAUGCAGCUCCAUACUCUUGUUUUUUCAGGUCUUUACCCUGAAGUGCUUUGACUGUGGAUCUCUGUUAAAGAUGAGUUGAUUUUUUUGCUUUGAACCAUGUUAAAGAAUAACAUGUCCUAAUUUCACUCCACACAUUAAGGGUUUUUCGGAGGUCGGAGAGUUUAAAGGGCACACGUGGCAUUUUGGGUAGAAUUUGGCAGAAUGAACUCCAUAAGCAAAGGAUGCACAAUUUUAUUUAGACAAAAAAAUUGCACACUCCUGUCUUUUAACAUGCAAAAGGGUCUAAUACUAAUAACAUACAUAUUUAAAAUGUUUAAACGUAUUUUACUUCUUAUUAAAGGAACUGUGUAAGAUUUGGAAUUUAAAUUCUAUAAACUCGACUCAGUCAGAAAGAAGAAUGAGCCUCACAUGACUCCCUCAUUUGGGUUGCUGGUUCAAUGCUGAAAUCCAGUGGGGUAAAAUUGUUCAAAUGUGGUAUUUGCCUCAUUGUUUCCACUCAGUCACUUGUGCCCUCGGAGUCUUCAGCCUCUAUGUAAACAGUCACAUUUUAUUUUUAGUAUAUUUCCAGUAAAUGCAUUUUUCACUUCUUAAUCUGUAUGACACACAGUCUACUCGAGGUGCAAUGAAGUCAAUCAACUAUAAUAAUGUUCAUGUAAAAUCAUUUCAGUUUUCAAUGGUUUAAUCAGAUAUAUACGGUUAUUUAUGUUGUUUUGGUCUAAAGGUUUUCAGUCAUUAAAAUUUAAAUUGGCUCUUAUCCAA